AUGCUGCUCGACCCAAACGCCGCCAGCGUGAUGCAACAGAUGCAGGAUCCGAGCAAUAUCUCCGACUGGCACAGUGCGAGUCCCCUGAACGACCCCAGUUUCGUGACGUCUGGCCGCCAUGCCACGGUACUAGCACCAACCACCCGUACCUUUGCACAGUGGGUCGAUCAUAUGGUCGACCUGUUCAUGGUACGUGGCUCCCGCAGUCCUCUCCAAUGGAUGCUCGACCUUCGAUCGUACGGCCUCAAGGUACACUUCAACAGUACGGUGCCGGGCCACGUCAGCUGGAUGGCCGAGGAUCGCCUACUAUACAAAGACCUGAACUUCACGAUGACGGAGUUCCGGUCGUUCGUCCAUCGGCGGGUGAGCGACGCGCACGAGUGUCUGUUCGACCAACUCCUUUUUGCCCCGGCCGAGGGUACGGCGGCAAUCCCUACCAUCCCAUGGAGUCAGCUGUACGACGACCCCGUGGAGAGCAAGGACGGAUGGAAUUUCCUGCAGGACAAACGGACCCCGUGGCCGGUUGACGGAUCCAACUGGCUGUUACUCCGCACCCGCAACACACCGAGUAUCCAGAGCCAGUUCAUCGACGACCGGCAGCUGACGACAAAGCGAAUUGACAUCUACCUCGACAAAGUGAUCCGCUUCCGGGAGAAACUCUGCGUGAUCGUCCACCUCUGCGGCGGCCAGCCAGCACGUGGCCGGGAGCUCCUCAGUAUCCGACACCGCAAUACCCCUGGUGGAGGGAUUCGCGAUCUGUUCAUCGAGGAUGGGAUGGUCACGUUUGUGACCAAGUACCACAAGGGAUUCUACGCGUCGAACGACGUUAAGGUCAUCCAUCGGUACCUACCCCGGGAGGUCGGCGAGUUGGUCGUCUGGUAUCUCUGGCUGGUUCUGCCGUUUGUGGAAAAGCUCCAGGAUGAUCGCCGUGCGUUCUUAUGGCCACCAGACUACACUGGCAAGAGCUGGAACCGUGACCGACUGCGGGAUCAGCUCAAGAUGGCCAGCUUCCACGAUCUCCAGGGACAGUCCCUCACACCGAGCGCAUGGCGUGACAUCUGUACCGCGAUCAGUCGCCGUUUCCUCCGUGCUGUGCAUCAAUCGGUCCAAGCCCAGGAUAGUGGACAGGAUGAACCGGAUGAUCCAGACGACGAGAGCGGCAUGGGAUUGCCCGAGUGGCUGGCACACGCCUCCGACAUGCAGGCCGGACACUCGUCCAACGUGGCUGGCACGACCUACGGCCGCCUGAUCAACGAGCAGCCUGGCACGACGGCGUAUCGACGGCAGAUCUUCCGUGUUGUCAGCGAGGACCUCCACCGAUGGCUCCUGUUCCCAUCUGCCACGGCCCACCGAGACGAAAAGAGGCCACUCGGCCCACACUCGCCGUGGCAGGUGGAGGCGCAGCAGAAUCGGGAGUACUGGCAGCUCCAGUUCCGAGAGGCGUCGUUGGAAAACCAACUCCGUGAUAUGACCGGAGAUGAGCAGGCGCGGUUCCGUGGUAUGCAGGGUCCUGCUCUCGAGGCCAUCCAGGAGGGACGGAGUCCUGUGAUCGCCGUUAUGCCCACUGGUGGUGGCAAGAGCCUUCUCUUUAUGCUGCCGGCGUGGAUCUGCUCCCGUGGGACCACGGUGGUUGUGGUUCCCCUGCUGGCACUCCGAGGGGAUAUCCACCGUCGCUGUCAGGAACUCCAGCUGUCCAGUGUGGAGUGGGAGAGCCGGCGACCAGUCGACAGUGCGUCGAUUGUGCUGGCGCUCUACCGCCUCGACCGGAUCGUGAUUGACGAGUGCCAUGUCAUCCUGAACAAUCAGAAGCACUUUCGACCCGACCUGGCGCGACUGGGGCGUCUGACCAAGUUCCAGGUCCCGAUGGUGUACCUCACCGCGACGCUUCCCCCUGAAGUCGAAGACGAGCUGUUCAUGCGGAUUCGUACGCAGCGUAAAGACGUACAUCUUUUCCGCGACCGGACAUCGCGGCCGAACGUUGCGUAUCGUAUGUACCAGCCAGUGGUCGAGCGGCAGUAUCAGUACGGGAACCGCCCGGCACAGGCGCCCGAGGUGAUUGAUUUCAUCCAGCAAAAGGUCCGCGAUAGUCUGCCAGGCAAGGUGCUGGUGUAUGCAAACUCCGUAUCUGCCGUCAACGCACUUGCAGAAGUGCUCGAGUGUGAUGGAUACCACAGCUCCCAGAAUGCCAAGGCCGCUAUACUCGAACGGUUCCGUACUGGUGAGACCUCGGUGAUCACUGCCACCAGUGCACUUGGUAUGGGGGUUGACAUCCCCGAUAUCCGCUGCAUCAUCCACCUUGGCGCUCCCUACUCCCUCCUCGAGUACGCACAGGAGAGUGGCCGCGCCGGACGGGAUGGGUUACCCAGUGAGGCCAUCAUCAUCCAACCAGUUGGAGCCCCGCGUAUCCAGCAGGGGGGCAGCGUGGCCGAGUUCGAGCGGGUUGGGCGGUUUGUGGACUGUGCUGCUGGGGACUGUCGACGGUAUAUCCUGGACCAGUACCUCGACGGCUGUGUGGAUGGAUACUCCCGCCAGCGAUGUGGAGACGGAGCUGCUGGUCGUCUCGAGCGGCGGUGUGACCGAUGCGAGCCAGACCCAGAGGAUCCGGAUAGCGUCGAUAAGAAGAGAACGGUUCGGGAUCUUCGUACCACCGCAUACAGUCCGUCCACCCAGUCCAUCGAUACGGACUUUUGGACGUCUGAACCCAGUGGGUUAUCUAGUGCGACCGAACGCAGUCCCUCCUACCACGGUUGUCGGUGGCUAGAGGACGAUCCAUUGGAUGACGAGGCGCCGGAUGAUAUCGACAUUGACUGCUACGUGGACCUCUUUGAAGACUUUCCCCCUGAUCCUGCCGUGGACGAUGACCAUGUGGCCCAGCUUGCACAGGAGCACGAAGAGGCCGAGCGGUUGCAGAUUGAAGCCGACAUUGCGGUUGGCGAACAGAUGCUGCUGGACGAGCGGUUCCGUGCUAAGGCGAUGAGUCCUCCUCGGAUAGCCAGUCUUGCCGCUGCACGUUCGCCCACCACUCCAGCGAUUCUACCGCCGCGGAACUCUCCCCGUGACGUGAGCCACCUCAGUCCCCACACACCAUCUGGGAAACGCGCUCGACCGAUCUCCCAUGACUUUACUGUCACAGAUCCCCGGCCGUUUUCUGCACUGCUCGCGAUAUAUACAAGACAGGCCAGAGCUCGUCCAGUCUCCCGCCGGCAACCAAGCGACCGUAUGUCCCACGAACGCCCGUCCUCGCGCACCCUCCAGGGCAUUCCACGCCUCGGUCCACCCCACCGCGCAUCGAGCGUACCCCGUCCAAGGUCCGGUACACGGAUCACUCCGGAUCCCCCUGCCAGCGAGACCCUGAUCGCGGAGGUCAUCCGGUGGGGUCAGCAGUGCUGGUUCUGUACGCAGGAUGGGAUGGAGCUAGAGCAGGUCUCCCACGAUCUCUGGCGGUGCCCUAACCCAGGGAACCAAGCGGCCAAGGAGUGGUGGACGUCCCGACGUGGUCAUGUCAAGCUCGUACCUGGCACAGCAUGUUUCAAGUGCUAUAUGCCACGACGGACGUGUGACCCUGGACACUUCCCUGGUACAAUCACGGAGUGUAAGUACCGAGGGAUGGUGUUCUCGAUGGUAGCGAUGAUGGCGCACCGGACCCAGCCGGCACGACUAACAGCUCGGACAGGCAGUCGUGUCGCCGCACGCAGUAUCCGAGAUCGAUGGCUUGAGGGGAUCGUGCAGCGGUUGACAGGCCAUUCGUAUGGCGAGACCAUUGAUCCCCACAACCGCGAUACGAUGUGUGAUUAUCUGGGGAUGGUAGACUAUACCACCGGCUUCAAUAUGCUGUGUAGGGAUUUUAUUUGGUUGCGAGUACAGUGGCAGAAGGCUGGGGAGAAGGAGGCACGGAUCUAA